AACAUAACUAAUCAAUAAAAUAAUCCAAUCACAAGUUAAAAAAACGUUUUACCUUUAGUUGAUACUGAACUAUUACGGAAAAUGGUUGUUUAUACCUUAUCUUAUCAUCUACAUAAAAUACGACAAGAUCUGAUUUAGUUGAAUUUGAGGGCAAGCAUCGGGUGUAAUUUUAUCUCAUGCUAAAUAUUCAAUUUGGCGUAUGUUAAUGUUUACAAUGAAGGUAAUAAAUACUUUUGGUGGGACGAUUUAACGAUGAAAUUAAGUUUCUGGUUUCUUAUUUUAUGAGUUGAUCCAUUGACCUGUGAUACAAGAGAACGUUGUGGAUCUAGAAAAUGUCUGUAGAAAAAGAGAAUUUCAAUGUUAAUUCAGUAAAUGCUAAAUCAAUGCACCACCGUCACAGCUUACAACACAAUCGUUCUGAAGAAGCGCAAAGUAACUUUCGACAUACUCAAUCAUACCGGUAUGACCAAGAAGGAAAGAAAAAAUUAAAAAAAGCAAUAAUACUUUCACCAGUUAUAUUAGAAUCGUCAGAGAAUGAGAGCGAAGAUAAAUCUUCUUCGAAAAAACCUGUUCCAAAACCAGAAAGAAAAAUAGAACAAUUUAUUUUAGAAAAUGAGAAAAGAAGUAGUAGAUCUUCGAAAAAAAGUGAUAAAUCUAUUUAUACGUUUGAUAACGCUGCUUUUGAAGGAAAUUUAGAUAAGAGGAGUAUUUCUAGUAGAGCAGGAUCUUCUAGGCAACCUAGCGUUCAAAGUUUAGAUAUGCAGCUGUGAAAUGUUGAAAAUAGUUUAAGAAGAUGAGGUUACGUGGAAAACUCAAGUGUACAUGUAGUUUGCACGUUUUAAAACUAGCUGGAUGUCGAUUGAUGACAAACCUGGUUGUGGACGCCCAUCGACUGUCCAAAUUAACGAAAAUGUAGAUUAUCUUGAGCUCUGACUGAGCAAAAAAGAUUUGCGGUGUUGUUCCUCCAGGUCAAAACGUCAAACAUUUUAUUUGAAAGUUUGUGUCAAAGAAGAUCCGAUUUGUGGCAAACAAAAAGCUAGGAAGAAAUUAUUUGCCAUUUACAAAAAAUUUGGAACAGUCGAAGUACAAGUAGGUUGAAUGUAUUAUUUGUAAUGGAUAAUACUUUGAAUUUAAAUAUUUUUUUCAAAA